CUCUCCGUCUCUGCGCGCAUGAUCGCAAUAGUGUUCCACUAUGCACCGCCCGUGACUCUAAUGGUCUGUGACUGUAAUCCAUUUCUCUCCAUUUUAUUUUUAAUUUCCUAUUUUUGCUUAAUUCAAUUUCCAUCUACACACACAUAUAUAUAUAUAUAUAUACACAUCGGUCUCUAAUGGCUUCUUCGAAACUACUCCAUCAUCCUCUUUCCUCCUCCGCUAAAUCUCACCGCAGAAAAUUUCCAAUCCGCUGUUUCUGCCUCUUAAUCAUCACAAUGUCCUCCAUUCUCAUUCUCCUCUUCUCUCUCUUCAUCUUCUCUUCUCCCUCCUCCUCCCGUCACCACCACCACCACAAUUCCCGCCAAUUACCCUCCGACACUCCUCCGGCCAAUCCCUCGCCGGUUCCCGCCGCUCAGAUCCGCCUCGCCUGCAACGCCACUCGUUACCCAGACGAAUGCGUCUCUUCCCUAUCCGAGCCGGGUCGGGUUCCUCCGGAUCCUAAACCAUCUCAGAUCAUCCACUCAGCGAUCUCCGUCUCGUUCCAAAACCUCAAAACCGCACAAUCGAAAGUGAAGUCUAUCCUAGACGCCUCCGUCGGGAAUCUGAACCGUACCAACGCCGCCAACACGUGUCUCCAGCUCCUCUCUUACUCCGAGCACCGAACCCAAUCGACGGAUCAAACGUUGACACGUGGCAAAAUCAAGGACGCUCGCGCCUGGAUGAGCGCUGCUCUCGUGUACCAGUACGAUUCAUGGUCCGCGCUCAAAUACGUCAACGACACGAAGCAAGUAGGCGAAACGAUGUCGUUUCUCGAUGGACUCAUCCACCUCAGCAGUAACGCUCUUAGCAUGAUGGUAUCUUACGAUAACUUCGGAGACAACGUCGCGUCGUGGACCUACCCGGCAACCGAACGAGACGGUUUCUGGGACAAGACUGGGCCGGGUACAGGGCCCAGUUUGAGUUUUCCUUCCGGUUUAAAAGAAGACGUGACGGUGUGUAAAGACGGAAAAUGCCGUUACAAGACGGUGCAGGAAGCGGUUGACGCGGCGCCGGAGGAUAACGGAAUGCGUAAGUUUGUUAUAAAGAUUAGCGAAGGAGUGUACGAGGAAACCGUUCGGGUUCCGUUUGAGAAGAAGAACGUCGUGUUCAUCGGAGACGGUAUGGGCAAAACGGUCAUUACAGGCUCGUUGAACGCCGGGAUGCCUGGAAUCACCACUUACAACACUGCAACUGUCGGAGUGGUAGGAGAUGGAUUCAUGGCUCGUGAUAUGACGUUCCAGAACACGGCGGGACCAGACGCUCACCAAGCGGUGGCGUUUAGAUCCGAUAGCGAUUUUUCUUUACUAGAGAACUGUGAGUUCCUUGGGAACCAAGACACUCUCUAUGCCCAUGGCCUUCGUCAGUUCUACAAAAGCUGCCGUAUCCAAGGAAACGUUGACUUCAUCUUUGGAAACUCAGCUUCUGUCUUCCAAGAUUGCGAAAUCCUAAUCGCCCCGCGUCAAGUUAACCCUGAAAAGGGCGAGAAAAACGCUGUCACUGCCCAAGGAAGAGUCGACCCGUCACAGUCAACGGGAUUCGUGUUCUUGAACUGUGUGAUAAACGGAACAGAGGAGUACAUGAAGCUGUAUAAAGCCAACCCUAAGGUGCACAAGACCUUCUUGGGGAGGCCAUGGAAAGAUUACUCAAGGACCGUCUUUAUAGGCUGCAAUUUAGAGUCUUUGAUCACUCCUGAUGGAUGGUUACCGUGGAGCGGCGAUUUCGCUCUGAAGACGCUUUAUUACGGUGAAUCCAAGAAUACGGGUCCGGGAUCGGAUAGGUCAAAGAGGGUUUCAUGGAGCAGUGAGAUACCAGACGAGCAUGUUCAUGUGUAUUCCGUGGCUAACUUUAUUCAGGCUGAUGAAUGGGGUUCCAUGUCUGCUUGACUCUAGCUAAGAUUUUAAAAAACGAAUUAAAAGGAAAGCUUUAUAAGAAGAAGACAUUCUUCUCAUUGUACUUUUAAGCUAAGAAAGUUUAUAAACAAAAAUCCAUACUUUUCAUUCAUGUUAUAUCAAUUGAAAGUUCAGAUUGUUAGGACUAAUUGAAGUAAAAUAAUGAAAACAACUUUACGGCUUAUCAUUGUGUGUAGCUAUCAAAGUUUAGCGUGUUGGGCUAUAAUCAUAAAUGAGUAUGGAGGAGGAUCGCUC